AUUUGACAUUCUUCACUUGUGUUUAUUUUGUUGUGUUUAAUUUACAAACAAAAAUCGUCAUGGCAUUUAAUUAUAAAACUGCUACGCUCCAAAAAAAUUUGUAUCGCCUUUAACAUCUCCAGUUGUCCAACGACGCACAAAUGGUUAAAAUGGAGACGGUUGUCAUCUUUUUACUGUUUUUUGGCACUGUCUGGGGGUUAGGCAUCAAAGACGUCGUCAUAAUCAUAUUAAGCCAACCGAACGAGCACCACCUGAAACUCGCUGAAAAUUUAAAGAACGACAUAGAACAACAAGCCGAAGCCCUCCAACAAGGAAAACCGAUAGUGCAUCUCUCGCAUAGGGAUUUUCCGCAUGUGGGACAUUGGACUGUGCUUCCUUUGGUUGAAAAGUUGCACGAUUUACAUGGGGAGAAUUCGUCAUGGGUGUUUUUUGUUGAAGACAGAACUAGAGUUAAUUUGGGGGUUUUAAGCGAGGUGCUGAAUGAGUACGACCCGAGUAAGGCGGUGUGGCUGGGACAUGCUCUUCACGACAACGAAGCGACAAUAAUUCACCAUUUUGCGUUCUAUGAGGAUCCGCAAAAGUUCAAGUUUCCGAAUCUGGGUUCAGGGAUAGCUAUUAGUACCAAUUUACUGCAAAGGUUAGCCGAAAGAUUGAGACACCCAGCCACCCCUCAUUCCGAUUUCGAGAUUGACAGUUCACACGAAUUAGCUUUAUUUAUUUGGGAUAAAGGUAAAGGUGAAGUACUAACGAACGACAACGCCUUUUGUAUCCAACAAGACAACAACAAUUGUGCUUCUUAUCCACUCACAUUCCAACCUUGCGGUGCGUUAGUGGAAAAAGACUCAAUUUAUUUUGCCGUAAAAACUUGCGAAAAGUACCACAAAGAAAGGGUUCCCGUCGUAAAAAAAACGUGGGCGCAAUAUGCGUCCAAUGUUGAGUUCUUUAGUGACGAGGCAGACGUUUCGAUCCCCACCAUCAACCUGGGCAUCCCCAACACCGAGCAAGGUCACUGUGCCAAAACCAUCGCCAUUCUCCACCACAUCCACGACAAGCUCAAGCACCACCCCCGGGUCCAGUGGGUCGUGGUGGCGGACGACGAUACAAUUCUCGGAGUUUCCAGAAUUCAGCAACUUUUAACUUGCUACAACGCCACCAAACUGGUGGCUUUGGGGGAAAGAUACGGCUACAAUGUUCACUCUGCUAGAGGGUACAAUUACAUAACCGGUGGCGGCGGGAUGGUGUUCAGUCGAGCUCUCUUGAAACAACUAACGCGUCCUGGGGUUUGCGAAUGUCCGUCAAUAAGUGCUCCCGAUGAUAUGUUUUUAGGGUUAUGUAUUGCCAGUUUGGGGGUGAGCGUAACUCAUUCUCCGCUCUUCCAUCAGGCGAGACCAAUCGAUUAUCCUCCGCAGUAUUUGCUUACGAAGGAUGCGGUGUCUUUCCAUAAGCACUGGAUGAUUGAUCCCAUUGGAGUGUACGAUAAGUGGUUCGCUGAGGAGGAUAUGAAAGGUGCAGAUGUACAUGUUGAAUUGUAAUAUUUUUGAUACGGAUGGUUUUAAAUAUAGUUUAUAUUUAUUU